AGAGCAGAGCAGAGGCGUCAAAGAAUAAGAGAACAUUUGUUUAUUAGAGAGCUCAAAAGUGCAAUUUUAUUCAUUCAUUUGAAUAAAAACCUAUAAGAAUCCUUAUGAUUUACGUGUACGCAUAGCUGUAUCAUUAUUUUUAAAUCAUACUUUAUUAAUAAUGGAGAAUUCGAAGGUGUGUCGAGUUUGUCUAAUGAAAACAGCAACUAUACCUUUAUUCGAUGCAAAUGUUAAUAUGCAAUUGAGCAGCAAGAUGAUGCGGUUGGUUAAUGUUGUGGUGGUUGAGGGUGAUGGACUUCCUGAUAGUAUAUGCGAUGGCUGUGCAAGUGAACUGUCUGCAGCGUACGAGUUUGUCAUUAAAUGUGAAGCCUCAGACAAGGCUUUCCGAUCAAACUUUACUAAAAUAUAUGAAGAUGUAGUGCCUGAACUAGAACUUCAUGUUAAGCUAGAAAAUAUUAAGGAAGAAAGUGAACAUGAUGAUCAUGAUCAUUUUGACAGUUUCAUACUAGACAACACCUGUGAGAGCUAUAAUGGUAAUAAAGUUAAAAGAAAAUAUAACAAGUCGAAAAAGUUUCAAGCAAACAUUGAUCGACGGAAGUUAAAGCCUAAACUUGGGCCAGUAAGUUGCAGUGUGUGUGGACAUAUGGCUACAUGUCGGUCAGCCUUAGAGGGUCACAUGAGAACUCAUACUGGAGAGAAGCCUUUUGCAUGUGACUACUGUGGAGCAAGGUUUAACCUCAAGGGAACUCUCAAGAGACAUUUAAUAACACACCACACACAGAGAGAAAGAAAAUUUAUUUGUGAAACUUGUGGCAGCAGCUUCUUCACAAAGAGUGACAUCAUUACACACAUUAGAGUGCAUACUGAUGAGAGGCCUUACCCCUGUCCUUUCUGUGACAAAGCUUUCCGACAAAUAGCUUCAUUGAUACGCCACAAGAGAAUGCACACUGGUGAAAAACCAUACUCUUGUAAUAUCUGCUUCAAGAAGUUCAAAGACCCUGGCCACAUGAAGAGACAUCAGUAUGUGCACUCUGACGAGAAGAAUUUCACUUGCCACCUGUGUAAUAAAUCUGUGAAAACUAAAAAUGCUCUAAAAGUUCAUAUGCAGAUACACUCAAAUGAAAAAAACAACAUUUGCAAUUACUGUGGCAUGGCAUUCUCAUUUAAAGGCAAUCUGCAAGUUCAUAUCAGAAGAAUGCACUCUGAGAGGUCAGGUCAUUGCACUGUCUGUUUGAAGACAUUCUCUGACUUAGAGAGUCACAUGCGUAAACACACCGGAGAGAAGCCUUUCUCUUGCAAGUUUUGUAAUCAGGGAUUUGCAAGUAAGAGGAGUCUGUCAAAUCACAUUGUCUUCAAACAUACAACAAAGUUUAAGUGCUCCAUAGGAGAAUGCACCAAGACAUUCCCAACUGCUAUGAUGCUGGAGUUCCACCUACUAAAGCAGCAUACACACCACACACCAUAUGUAUGCCAUUACUGUUCCAGAGGAUUCUUCAGAACAAGUGAUCUGUCUCGUCACCUCAGAGUCAGUCACAUGGAUACUCUUACUCGUACAGUUGAUCCACAAAUUUCUAAACCUCAGUUGUCAGAAUCACCCAUUAUGCAGAAUAAUAUUGUGUAGCCAUGGACUAGUAGUUUCCUAAUUUUUGUAGUCUGGGAGAAUUUGUUAAAACAUUAAACACACCUUUUUUCUUUUCUCACAAAAUUAGUUACAAUGAUAAAUAUUAAUUUUAAUAGUGUAAGGUCACGACGUGCUGAAAAAUGUCGUGAGGUAAACGCCCUACCUACCACUACUAAACUUAAUGCUAUUUUAUCUUUUACAGUACUUUAUAAGAGAAAAUAAAUAAAACAUGUAUGUCUAAUAUUUUUGCAUUAUCUAACUGAUGGUCUAAUUAGAUUUUUAAUUUUCAUAACCUGCCACCUACCCUAUUACGUGAGGUAGGUACCUAAUUUAUUACUUGGCAUGGUAGCAUGGUAAUGUUAUUUGGGACCAUUGAUUGUUGUAUAUCAAAUAUUUGAUUAAGGAUUUCACAAUGAUCUGGACAGGAAACAUAUAUUUUAAAUCUAUGUUUAAGUUCUAAGUUUAUUUUUGUUAUAUAGUUUGAAUUAUAGUAAUGUAAAAAAUGUGCCAUAAUAUGUAUUAGAAAAUACUUAGGUCUGCCAAAAUGUUUGUAAGUAAAUGGGACAUUGCAUAAUUUUUGCUAUACAAUGUAUUGUAAAGGCAGUCAAUGAGUCAAAACAAGAUGAUAAUAAUGAGAUGUGUUGAUUUGAUCAAGAUAAUAAUAGUUUGAUCACACAUUAUAACUAAUACAGAUACAGGGCAUCUUGCAAUAUGUCUAAUAAGUAGAGACCGGAUAAUAUGCAUUUGCAUAUUUGCAUAUGCAUUUGCAUAUUUAAG